AUGAGCAAUCCCGAUGAUACUCUUCUACUUCCGACGCCAGCUCACAUCCAGGCAGACUCGAUGCUGGCCCGGCGCUUCGGCAAGGAGACCGUGAAUUACUUUGGAGGCUCACCGCUCAAUCGUCUCUCUUUCCUCCGAACGGAUCAUCCUUUCCUGUCUGCUGCCGUCAAGCACCCAUCCACUCGCUUUGUUCUACUCAAAGACUUGUCACCGUUGAUCAGCGGCCCAAAUUCGGUUUUCUACGCCCAGUACAAAGAUGUGCAAAAGCUUGUUCCUCCGACAAUCUUCGACCAGUCCGAAGAGGAAAUGAUCAAAGAAUACGAUUCGCGAAUUACGAAACCAGACCUAAUAUUUUUGGGGAUUGACGAGGGCACCGUGGACAGUGCACAGGGUGACGAGGGGCUGCUACAGUGGAAUAUUUAUAAGGGACGACCGUACUUUGCGCUGGAUGUCAGCGAGAAGGGUAAUGAUGUGCAGAAGGCCCAUGCAAAAAUGCUCGUGGAGGAGCUCGGAGAACGAGGCAUUACUCCGUUUGUAGCACGGAUGCAUAUGUUGCAGCCACCGAACGACGGUAAUUUUGAAUCCAUCCACCGGAGUCCUACUUCCCCUUUCAUUCCGUUUGCAAUGCUAAUUGAUGAAACGACUUCAUGUGCAGGCGCCAUUUACGCCCAAGCGCGUGCAUACUUGGAUUGGAAUAAUCGUAAUAAGUUCUGUGGAACCUGUGGCCAUCCCACUCUUUCUGUCAAUGCAGGCACAAAGCGUGCAUGCCCUCCCACUGACAAGGCGCUCGCCGCACAAGGCAAGAGCCCCGAGAAACAGGCUUGUUCAACGCGCACAACCAUCUCCAAUCUCUCGUUCCCUCGGACCGAUCCAACGAUCAUCGUUGCCACGCUGUCUGCUGACGGCAAACGAGUGCUACUUGGCCGUUCCAAGAGAUUCCCACCACAUUGGUACUCUACUCUAGCCGGAUUCAUCGAACCCGGCGAGUCUGUCGAGGACGCUGUACGACGAGAGGUCUGGGAAGAGGCAGGUGUAACACUAUCGCGGGUUGUGAUCCACUCUACACAACCUUGGCCGUACCCAGCAAAUUUGAUGAUUGGUGCUAUUGCGCAGGUCAGUGAUCCGGCUCACGAAACCAUUAAUUUGGCGCAUGACCCGGAACUUGAGGAUGCUAAAUGGUUUUCCAUUUCCGAAAUUGAAGAAGCGCUGAAAAACGGCGCCAGUAUACUUGGGGCACCCCCUAGCAAGGACUACGUUGAGGGAAAUCUACGACUACCCCCAGUCACUGCUAUUGCGAACCAGUUGAUCCAGGCGGCUAUCAACCAGGAGUAUAUUGAUGAAAAGCUUGCUAGAAUAUAA